ACCAGCGAGGAGCUGAGGAGUAGCUGGCGUGGAGAGAAAGAGCACAGUGAGGGAGGGUUUAGGCUGGAGUAAUGGCUGCAGUUAAGAGGCUGCUGAUCGCGGCCUUGGUUGGGGGGAUGUUUGGGGUAGUAGGGACUCUGUGUUUCUUCAUAGCUUUUGGUACAGACUACUGGCUGAUGGCCAUGGACGACUGUGGGCCGUAUACAUGGCCGACGCAAACAACAGUGUCAGAUGCCAAUGGGACUGAGAUCCGGGUCGUGAAAGCCGUCACCGCUCCUCCUUCGUCUCUCACUCUGCACCACGAGGGCUUCUUCUGGCGAUGCGUGUUUCAGGUGGAGCCCACAGCGCACGCAGCCCUGGCCACGCUCUUCACAAACCAGCCAGAGUCCAAGGUCUGUGUCCAUGGUUACCUCUUCCCGCUGCCUGUCGCACUCGGACAGGUGCCUCAUCCCAGUUAUGAUACUACAGCAGUGUUUCGGGGUUUCUGGACCGUGCUGAUAAUCCUUGGCCUGGUCGCAGCUCUAACUGGAGGCUUCCUCUUGGUCUGUGGCGUCCCCUUCAUCAGCCACAAGCUGUACAAGCUGGGCGGCGCUCUCCUCAUCACAGCUGCCUGCUUGUUCCUGUCCAUGCUGCUGCUCUACGUCCUCUGGAUGGAGGUGGUAGAGGUAAAGCGCUACGUGCUGCAGGAGAGGGGAGAGGCCUGUCCACACGCCCAGGUUUCAGUGCUCUACGGCCUGUCGUUCAUGGUGGCAGCUGCCGGCGUGCCCCUGGAGCUCAUCUCUGGGCUGGUCUUCAUGCUGGUGGGCCGUGGCUUGCGUGCCAGCAACUGAGCUGGCCUGCAGGGGAAGAAAGGACUGACCUUUUUAUGUCCUGCAACUGGGACUCAGCGGCACACUUGUGGGAUAUAAAUACCAGCUGGAAAGACAUGAUCAACAUUAUAGCACCACCCUUUGGAUUUCAAGCAGCAUGCAGCCAGAGACACUGAUUUGGUUGAUCAGUUUUCUAUAACUUGCUUUGCUUUAUUUCUAUAAAAAUCGCUAAUUAUUCUAGAAUAAUAAUACCACGGUAACUCUGCAGUACAGUUUAAGGAAUUAAUGUGGUGUGAUAUAGAUGUCAGUGGCAUUAAGGAGCAAUAUGCUGUCUAAUGUGUCAUGACUGUGUUUUUCUAAACAACAUUGUGUGUGUAUAAAUAUUCAUUCUGCAGAACGUUAAUGUUAUCAAUGCUGCAAAUGAUGAGUCCAUACAGCGGAAGGUGAGAAAUGUAUGGGCCAACCAGCUGUGUCCACUGCUUUUGGCACACGAUCAAAGGUGGAGCAGAGUGAGGAGGGAGGCAUGGCUGGAUGGACUUGAGAC